CCCCGCCUUUUCUCCGGCAGAGGACAGGUUGAAGAUGGCGGCGUCCCUGAGGUGCUUUCUCCGCUCAGGAAAAAAUGCCGUGUCGGCUCUGCGGCGGCGGGGGUUUCACAAGAGCGCUCCGGCCGCAGUGCAGGUGACCGUCCGUGAUGCCCUCAACCAGGCAAUGGACGAGGAGCUGGAGAGGGACGAGCGGGUGUUCCUCAUGGGGGAGGAGGUGGCUCAAUAUGACGGAGCCUACAAGGUGAGCAGAGGUCUGUGGAAGAAGUAUGGAGACAAACGCAUCAUUGACACUCCGAUCUCAGAGAUGGGCUUUGCCGGCAUUGCAGUCGGAGCUGCCAUGGCCGGCCUGAGACCCAUCUGUGAGUUCAUGACCUUUAACUUCUCCAUGCAAGCCAUCGACCAGGUCAUCAACUCUGCCGCUAAGACCUACUACAUGUCAGCUGGUCUGCAGCCGGUGCCCAUCGUGUUCAGAGGACCUAACGGGGCAUCAGCGGGUGUCGCUGCACAGCACUCACAGUGCUUCGCUGCUUGGUACGCUCACUGUCCAGGUCUGAAGGUUGUUAGUCCCUGGAACUCAGAAGAUGCCAGAGGUCUUCUGAAAUCAGCCAUCAGAGACGACAACCCCGUGGUGUUCCUGGAGAACGAGCUGAUGUACGGCGUUCCCUUCGAGAUGUCGGAGGAGUCACAGUCCAAAGACUUCACCAUUCCCAUCGGCAAGGCCAAGAUCGAGAGACAAGGGAAUCACGUUACUUUGGUUGCUCACUCUCGAUUUGUUGGUCACUGCCUGGAUGCCGCCGCCGUCCUCGCCAAGGAGGGAAUAGAGUGUGAGGUGAUCAACCUGCGGACCAUCCGUCCUAUGGAUGUGGAGAGUAUUGAGACCAGCGUGAUGAAGACCAACCACCUGGUGACGGUGGAGGGCGGCUGGCCUCAGUUCGGCGUCGGAGCUGAGAUCUGUGCCAAGAUCAUGGAAGGUCCGGCCUUUAACUACCUGGACGCUCCGGUCACCAGGGUGACGGGCGUUGACAUCCCCAUGCCGUACGCCAAAAUCCUGGAGGACCACAGCCUGCCGCAGAUCAAAGACAUCAUCUUCUCUGUCAAAAAGACCCUCAACGUCUGAGACACACACACAGGACAACCCCACCUGAGUCCUCUCUGUCAUGUUCACACAGACGGUGGUUAAAAACUUCUGGUAAAAUAUUUUAACCUUGUGUAAAUACAGCCAAACACUUUCUUUGCUCCAGACUGUAAAGUGUCCAGCCAGAUGUUGGUCAAUGAAACGCACAGCUGUUUAACCUGCACCCAGAGCAAUGGAGACACAGAGUUCAGUCAAGUCGUCGCCUCUGUUACUCGAUUACAGACUUAACCGAACUCUGCUCCUCCGCUUCAAAAUAAAAGUUGCUCUAUCCUGUAGAUUUUUCUCUACUUCUGUUUUCUGUGACAUGUGACAACAGAACUGCUGAGUGAGCACAAAAAAUGUCAGGAUUUGAUCCGUGUACAGGUGUGAGAGCAGGUAGGGUCAAAAUAAUUGUGUGAAUUAAAUUUCCUCAGCCCAGCAGAGGAACUUUGUGUUUAGAGCUAAGCGUCCCUUGUUGAAUACUGACCGAAAAGCGUCACAAGAAUCAAAUAUCAAUCAGUGUUAAGUAUCAAAAGUCUGUAAAAAGCUCAGUCGGACUCUUCAACUUAUUUACAGUGUUAUGGAAUCAGAUAUUUCAUCAUCUACAUUAGGAACUUUCCUGACUUUAGUCCACAUUUUAUUUUGUCUACAUUAUUUAUUUGACUCUGAAACAUGCUAAUGUUCCCCAAACUAUCCAAGUCAGUUGUAUUUGUAUAGUGCCAAAUCAUAACAGAAGUCAUCUCAGGGCACUUUUCAUUUAGAGCACGUGUAGACUGUAUUUUUUAUAAUAUUAUUCACAGAAACCCAACUUUCCCCAAAGAAACGAGAAAAGUACAGACGCACUCAGAAUCUGAUGAAACAUUUGGUGUAAACAGAGCAGAGUUUAUCCUUGAGUGCUCUCAAAUUUAGACACACACACUGAUCAAAGCCUCAUUUGUGCUCUCCGUAGUUGUGUUGUUGAUAUUCUCUCAUGUAUUUCUAACCACCAGAACAUAUUAAUGUCCAGUCCUUUAACUUAAUUCCUCGCACUUAACUCGGUCUGUCUCUAAAAGCAGCGGCGAAGAAGAAUGAAGCAGCCGAGCCCUGGGGGUGGAGUGUGGUCAGAAAUAUUUAUUGUAGCUGCAGCAGCUCUGUGGAUGUUUUUGUUGCUGUAAAUGACUCUGUUACAGAAAUAAAAACCUUUCAGUCCUU